AUGAAGAGGUUCUGGGCCCAGCGCGACACCGACUCGGACCGGAUCGGGCAAAGCCCACCGCCUCCGGGCCGGACCUCCGAAGAUCAUGCCCCGGCGAACGAGCACACCCGGCUCCUGCCGAACCGUGUCGACAGUACGCCCUAUCUCUCGCCCGACGACCCGGCUGUGUCCCCUUAUAACCUGUGGACCGUCCGCGCCGUCCGCUGGGUCACCGUUGCGUUUACCUGCCUCACCUUUGUCUGGUGGGUGCUGAUGAUUGUCUCAAACUUCAUCACGCCCCCCGGGUUGCACGUGCGAGGUUCGCCUUUUUUCGCGUUUGCCUAUGCCUCGAUCGCGCUUCUCACGCUCAUCGUCUCGCUGCUCUUCUUCUCGGUGCCGAGCAGGCUGGCGAGGAUACUGAGUAUUGUCAACGCGGUGGUGCUACUGGUCGACGCCGUCGUCAUUCUGGUGGUUCCUGGACUGCGGCACGCCGAGAUCUGGGCAGGAGUUGCGAGCGCGAUCUGGGCGGCGCUUAUGGCCAUCUGGUUCGUGACGGCGGAUCGCACGGUCCAGUGGGGAAAGGCAGAAGAGGAGCGGCGGUUGACUGGUCGGCCGGAGAGCAGGCGUACGGUGGUGGAGUGGGUCGAGAUUAUGCUGUCAACUAUCGUGCUGACCGUAAUGGCGUUGGUCAUUGUGCUCAUGACGUUGACCCUGACACUGCGGGCGAUCGACUCGGGCCUCGCGCCUCCAGGCGAUAGGUACUGGGUGGAUGGCGACAGGUACCAGAUCCACCUGUACUGCUUUGGCAACAAGACCGAUGCGGCUGGGACCAAGGUGACAACAGUGCUUUUGGAAGGCGGCGAAGACACGGUGGAGAACGGCUUAUGGCAGUUUGCCGACAACGCCGUCAGGAACGGGUCGGUUAGAAGGUUCUGCUUCGCCGACCGUCCGGGUAUGGCAUGGAGCGACAGUGCUCCAUCGCCCUUCUCGGCGAGUAUGGCCUCCGAUGCGCUGAGCGAAACCCUCUCGCGAGCGGGAGAAGAAGGACCAUGGGUGCUCGCCAGUGCUGGUAUCGGUUCCCUGUACUCGCGAGUCUUCAGUUCGCGACACGGGGAUGAGGUACGCGGCAUCCUCAUGAUCGAUCCUCUCCACGAGGACUUUCUCUUGCGCACAGGCGCGCCAGGACGCGGGUUCAUACUUUGGUUUCGAGGUGUCAUCUCGCCCUGCGGAUUCGAUCGCAUUCUUGGCGCCCUUGUCAGUGGCAGGCGGGCCGUGGAUCGUGUCUGGGGUCGUUCCUCGUAUCAGUCCGGCACGACUAUUUUCGCCAAGCUCCAGGAGAGUUUAGUGGCCGACUCUCUCACAAAGCGAGACGUUGUGUCCAGUCGUGCUAUCCAGGAUAAAGAUACGCCGCUGGUGGUGAUCAGCUCAGGGCAGCAGAUUCGCAGGGAUAGAGAUUGGGAAGACAAGCAACGGGACCUUAGCCACCUCACCACGAACCUACAACGUUGGGAUAUUGUCGACGAUGCGCCCCAUCGUGUUUGGGAUACCGUGGGCGGCAGAGAGAUCAUUGAGAAAAGAUUGAAGGAGCUGGUUAGGUAG